CAUAGGUGACCUCCCAUGCCCUGUGCGCAGCGUGUCCUUUACCGUCGUCGUGGCCACGGAGCGGACUAGCAGGGAUGACACGAGGAACGACCGACAGCCGUGUGGAACAGUUCCGGAAGUUGAGCGUUAUGCGCCUCACUUGCCUGAAGUACGUCGGCUUGUGGGCUCUCGACUCGAAUUCGCCCGCGUUCCUGAGGUACUUGUAUCACGUGUACAACAAGUUCGUCCUGGCGAUCAUACUCGUCUUCAUGGUGUCCCUGUUCGCCGACAUUUGCUCGAGUUUCGACGACCUGUCGAUCGUCACGGACGACGGAUGCAUCUUCGCCGGGAUCGUCGUCGUGUUCUGCAAGGUGAUGCUCUUCCAGACUCGCCGUGACGGGAUCGUACGAGUGCUCGACGCGACCCUCGACAGCUGCAAACGGCUCUGCAAGUUUCCCAUUGGCGGCGAAGACGAGGUCCUGGACAAAUACCUGCUGCUCUGCCGCGGGACCUUCUACGGGUUCAGCGUCCUGGGCUUCUGCCUCGUGAUCGCCCUACUGUUCUUUGUGCCCGUGGAGAACGGGGAGCUCCCGGUCAGGGCGCGGUACCCGUUCGACACGAGCGUGUAUCCCUGGCACGGGAUCGGCUACUUUGUCGAGGCCUGCGCCGUCUCUUUCGGCAUGACCGCCAUCAUCGGGAUGGACAGCGUGCUCAUCAAUCUGUGCAAUUUGUUUCUCGUGCAGCUCGAGAUCUUGAACGCGCAUUUUAAGAGCUGCGGCAGCAGCGACGGGACGCCAGACGGUGUCGAUAAGCGAGAUGAAUCAGGUGGCACCGGUAGAGAUGCUUGUUACGGGGUACCUUCUACGGCCGAGGCCAGCUGCGGAAAGGAUAAUUACGAUCCGGACGCGAUUCGUCGCGGCUUCACCGUGCGGUUCAACCGAUCCGUCCGCAAUCAUCAACGUCUGCUUGCCGUAAUAGACGACUUCAACGAGGUCUUCAGCGCCGGCAUGUUCGUUCAGAUGCUCUCGAGCACCUCGAUGAUUUGCCUAACCGGCUUCCAGGCCGCCUCGGUCACAGGCCAGAGCUCCAACACCUAUAAGUUCGCGGUGUACCUGUUGGCGGCUGUUUCGCAGCUUUUCUACUUCUGUUGGUUAGGAAACGAGGUGAUACACCAGAGCUCGUCGUUGACGCAAAGCCAGUGGCUCUCGAAAUGGGAUGACGCACUCUCCGUCAAGACAGGACGCCUGCUAAUACUGUCUAUAAUAUUUUCAAGAAAAGCAAUAAAUCUGAAAGCAGGCGUGUUCUACGUCUUAUCCAUGGAGACGUUCACCGCGAUCCUGCGAGGCUCGUACUCCUUCUUCGCUCUGUUGAGCACCAUGCACUCGGGAGACGAUCAGUGAAUCCAGACAACCCUUCGGCUCUAGUUACCGUAGAACGUCGAGUAUUUCGUUGCGACGCAAUGUAUUGUAACAAUGCGAUUGAAAAGCAACCGUAACUUGUGCGCCAAUGAUCCAGAACAGAACGCGUGCCAUUAUUGCUGUAUGAGUUACUUGUGCAUAAAGUGUAUCGAGUAUGUUGUUGAACUUUGCCGAAUAAAGCUGUUAAAAUACCAGACAGAACGG